CCUUCAUUCAGUACCUCUUUGUGCACCAGAACGCGCAAGUGGCAGCUUACGACGAUCUGAAAGAGAAUAAAACCAACAACCUCUCGCUUCGAGGAAAAGCUACACUUCAAAGCGUCUUUUGCUAGCCAAGCAGAGGAAAGCCAGAAGUCAAGAUGAGGAAAAUUAUUUCGCUGUUGAUGAACUUGGCUGUUCUUGUAAUGGUGAUCAGCUCCGUCGACUCCGCUCGUCCUGUCAAGGGAAUUGCCUGUCGGGAAGCCGGAGGAGGAUGUUACCGCGGCGGAAGGGCGAGGAGAAUUUGUGAGAAAUAUGAUGACGAGGCCAACGACUGCGGAGGAUCCAGAAAGUGCUGUCUAGUAACGACCGAUGACCCGACGGGGACAAUCAGGACAGCACUUAAAUGUACGGCAUCGUGCGACGUCGGAACUUGCACUCCGAGGCGAAGGUGUGCGGAGGAAGGGCGGGGAUCCAGGUGUGGCAAGAGAUGUGUGUGCUGCACCAAAGUCAAACCCAUUGGACUAAAAAAGGGCAACGCGAAGGUUGAAAAGGACGACUCAAGUGAAGGAAAGGGGCCGAGGGGACCCAGAAAGGGACAGCAAAACCAAAAUUUCACACCAAGCAAGGUAAAACAAGGCAAAUGUACGUCAAAUGAUGAUUGCACUAUGAAAGGAGGAAAGUGCAAGACGAAGUGUAAUAAAAAUGGUGAUUCUACCCUAUGUAGUGGCGACUGCACUUGCUGUGGAAUAUGUGAGGCAAAAAGCAAGUGUAGCCGUUAUGAUGGAGUGUGCAAGAAAUCAUGCGAUGGAACAGAGAGGACAAUAAAGGGGGGAUGCAAGAAAAAGAAGAAAUGUACUUGUUGCGCACCAAAGUGCCAACAAAACGGGUGCCAAGGUCAAUGCGUUAGCAAGAGGAAAGAAUGCACUGGACAGUUUAUCAAGAAUGGCUGUGGUGGACUUAAAUGCCAUUGCUGCAGUACGGUUGGUAAGUUGUGCAACAUGCCAGGGUAAAAAGAGUAUCAAGUGAAAAAGGUAAGUUUUUCUCUGUUUAUGCAUACUAUCCAUUCUUAUUUUUUUUUUCAUCAAAACAGUAAGUAUCUGAAAAUAAGCUGAAGUAGCUUGCAAUUUCUCUAGCGCUAACCAGACCCAAAUUAUAUUCACUGCACCAAGGCUUUGAUCAGAAGGGUAGGUAAUUAGGCAGGACAAUGGAAGAGAACCUUUGCAGAGAAACGGCUACUCCUUGCACUCCAAGCAGUCAGAAAUGAUCCCUACAUGGUAAAGCAGCAACCAAGCACAGCUGGGAUUAACUCUAUGACAGUUAGAAUAACUUCAAACAGAACCUCAUUGGAGUUCAACUUCAGCUUUCCUUUUACUGGUGAGUGCGAGAUAGUUUGUAUGCAUGUGAAAAAUUACAAAAGUUAACUUUGCGCUAUAAAAUAAUGUUACAAUACAGCAAAAAAUCAAAGCUUGUUUUGUUUCUAAUUUCCUUUUAAUUUCUUUUCACAUAUUUUUCAGGAGAUCCUCAAGGCUUCAUACAAAACAUUUCAUAUGUGAUAAUAAAAGUCGAUGAUUAAAA